CGUCGCCCGAUACAGACAGCAACGCACCAGGCCUCUCUAGCCCUCUUGCAGUGACAGCAGGCUCUCUAUCUGCAAUCAGCAAAGCACUCUUUCGCAUCAAGAAAAGAGGCAAACGACCAAGCAUCCAGCAUGUCCUACAAUAGGAAUGUCGGCUACGGCGGCCCCAACAUCAACCCGCCUACUGCCAACGGCGCGUCUGUGGACUCCCCCUUAGAUACAGUCAAGCAAAUGUCUAGCAAAGUGGAAGAUCUUCUAGACACAACCUUUGAGCCUGUCAAGCCAUACCUGCCUGCAUUGGGCCGUUUCCUCAUUUGCGUGACCUUUAUUGAAGAUGGUCUGCGCAUUGUGACGCAAUGGAGUGACCAGCUCUACUACCUGCAGACCUAUCGACACUUUUGGUGGGGUUUCUCACACCUCUUCCUCCUCCUCAAUGUGGCCACCAUGUUUAGCUGUUCCUUCUGCGUCAUCAGCCGACGCUAUACGGAGUAUGCCAUUGGUGGACUCUUGGGUGUUGUCGUGUCUCAAGCAUUGGGCUAUGGAUUGUUGUUUGAUCUCAACUUCUUCUUCCGCAACUUGAGUGUUGUGGGUGGCCUACUCAUGGUACUCUCUGACUCGAUGGCACAGCGUAAGCAAAUCUUUGCAGGCUUGCCCAGUAUUUCAGAGACCGACAGGCGCAAGUACUUUCAGCUCGCUGGCCGUGUCUUGCUCAUCUUCCUGUUCAUUGGAUUUGUCCUACACGGCCAGUGGACCAUCCUACGUGCCCUCUUCUCCCUCGUUGGCUUCAUUGCUUGCGUCAUGGUCGUUGUUGGAUUCAAGGCUCGUUUGUCGGCGACUUUCCUGGUGAUGGUCUUGUCACUGAUGAACCUCGUCAUCAACAACUUUUGGUCCUUGCACCAUACCUCCCCUGCACGCGACUUUGCUCGCUACGACUUCUUUUCGACCUUGUCGAUCAUGGGUGGUCUUGUGCUGCUGGUAUCGUCUGGACCAGGUGCACUUGCAGUGGAUAAAAAGAAGGUAUACUAAGUGUAGCUUUUGUAAAGCUUCUGCAGGAUUUACCUUUUAUGUG